AUGUCCCGCACGCUCCGACGCAGCAUACUGGGGGCCUCGAGGGGUGCGGCCCCCGUGCUGCCGGGCUGUCGCGUGCCUCGAGCUUUUCUGCCUCGCCAUGACGUCGUCGCCGGUCCCGCCAUCACGAAGCGCCACGUCCAGUCGUCGGGGCCGUUCAAGCCGUUGCGACCGCCUUCGCCCGACGAGCUCGGAGCUCCAAAGGCCGCCAAACAGUACCGCCGGGGCCGGAGAUGGACGCGCUGGGCGGUCGUCGCUCUCGCGGUCGGCGGCACCAUCUACGUCGUGGACCGCCAGGUCUACGCCUCGGGCUUCGGGCGCACCCUCCGCACGUUCGGCACGACGCUCCUCGUCGCCAUCGACUACAAGAUAAAUUUCCGCCCGGAGCCGAUCACGGCGGGCUCUGUCCCGGACCUGCACACGCGCAACGCCGAGCGGCUCUUUGACCUGCUGCGCGCCAACGGCGGCCUGUACCUCAAGAUCGGGCAGGCCAUCGCGAUGCAGAGCGCCGUCCUGCCGCCCGAGUUUCAAAAGAUGUUCAGCCGCAUGUUCGACGACGCGCCGCAAGACGAGUGGAAAGACGUUGAAAAGGUCAUCAAGCAGGACUUUGGCAAGAGCGUCGAGGAGGUGUUUGGCGUCAGCUUCACCGGCAAGCCCGGCAUGGGACUGAUGGAGCGCAAGGCGAGGGCGAGCGCAAGCGUCGCGCAGGUCCACUGGGCCAAGCUUCCGGACGGACGUGAGGUGGCCAUCAAGAUCCAGAAGCGGGAGAUUGCCAAGCAAAUCGCCUGGGAUCUGUGGGCGUUCAAGACCGUGACCUGGAUAUACUCAAAGUGGUUCGACCUGCCCUUCUACAGUCUGGUGCCGUACAUCACCGAGCGCCUCGAGCUCGAGACGGACUUUGAAGCCGAGGCGAAGAACUCGGAGAAUAUGCGGGAACUGGUCAACUCGGAGAAGCGCCUGAAAGGCCGCGUGUAUAUCCCCACAGUGUACCCAGAGUUCACAACAAAGCGGGUUCUCACGACCGAGUGGAUAGAGGGCAUCAGGCUCUGGGAUAAGAAGGCCAUGACGUCGAGAUGGCUCGGCGGCCACGGCAAGGGGUCGCCGGGUGCGAAGAGCCCGCUACCGCCCAUCGACAUGGAUGCUGCCCGUCAGGAAAUCCGCACCAAACCCUACCACGAGAAGAUCAAGCCUGAGCGUCAGGAGUGGAAGGGCAAACGCGGCCGAGGCGGCCUUGGUCUCUCGACGAAGGAGGUCAUGACCACCAUGAUCGAUCUCUUCUCGGCGCAGAUCUUCAAGUGGGGAGUCGUGCACUGCGACCCUCAUCCCGGAAACAUCUUUGUCCGCAGGUUGCCCAAUGGCAAGGCCGAGCUGGUGCUCAUCGACCAUGGCCUUUACGUCUACAUGUCACAAAAGUUUCGCCACCAGUACGGCACGUUCUGGAAGGCGCUCAUGACAUUCGACAAUGAGACGAUUGUCAAGGUCACCGAAGCUUGGGGCAUCAAGGGCGCGGACCUGUUUGCUAGCGCGACGCUGAUGCGCCCGUACGAGGGCGGCGACUCCUCGACCAAGUCGGACCUGAUGAAGGACCUGGAGGGCAAGACGCCGGCGGAGCGACACUACGCGAUGCAAGAGCGCAUGAAGCAGGGCAUCCGCGACGUGCUCUCGGACGAGGACAAGUGGCCCAAGGAGCUCAUCUUCAUCGGGCGCAACAUGCGCAUCGUGCAGGGCAACAACCAGUACCUGGGCUCGCCCGUCAACCGGGUCAAGAUGAUGGGCGAGUGGGCAAGCCGCAGCCUGUUCGAGGACCCGAACCUGCCGCUGCGGCAGCGGCUGCAGAACGCGUGGCGGCACAUCAUGUUCAAGGCGGUGCUGACGGCGACGGACGUGGCCUUUUACUUCUUCAAGGUCCGGCAGUGGCUGGGCAUCGGCGGCGGCAUGGAGGACGAGAUGGAGAAGAGGAUGAAGGACGUGGCGCAGGACUUUGGCAUCGAGCUGCAGCACGAGGUGUUUGAGGGAUAG